AUGCACCCACCAGCCCGUUUGCUGCGCCAGGGGAUAAUUGCCCUCCCCUGCAUUGGUGAUGGCCGCCAAUCUGGCACAUCGGGCUCACCAUCGAUUUUGAACGCAAGUCCUGAAGCGGCCGCGGGUGGCAACCUUGCAAUUUUACGAGAUGGAGAUCGUUUAAGGGUCAAUCUUGACAAGCGAAACGUUGACAUUCUUAUUGAACCGGCAGAGCUCAAGCUUCGCCGCGCUGCUUUGAAGGCUAAUGGUGGGUAUAACGGCCCAGAGAGUCAUACUUCGUGGCAGGAGAUCUUCCGUCGUGAAACUGAUCAAUUGAACGAGGGUAUGGUUCUCCGGGAUGCUGUCAAGUACCAGCGAGUGGCGCAGCGAUGGGAUGAGCCUAGACAUAACCAUUGA